AUUCUUUUUGGAAUUGUGAGAGCUGACAGAGCUUAUGAGAAACAACAAUCUGAUGUGCACGUAUCAUAUGGCAAUCGUGAUGUGCGCUAUGAUCUCCGAAUGGGGCCGACACCCACAUGCUCGCCGAGAUUUGAUCUGGACCCGGACCUCUCGUUGGCCGUGGCGCGAGACCGUCAUGCCGGUAUGUGCGGCACACGGCUCGGGAGACUUAUCACGUCGCUAAGCAACCAAAGGGUGUGCACCGAUCGAGGGGCUGAGCCUGCGGGAAAUGGGAAAGAGGAGGGAGGGCUGAAAUUGACGAUGAGCUACAACGUAUCUAGGGAAAAUAAUGUAGCGAGACAGGGGUGUUCCGCGCUGGCACGGACCAGAAAGCAAACAAUACGAACUUUUAAUUGGCUUUUAGCCCUUGUCUGUGGCUCUCUCGCUACAUUAUUUUCCCUAGAUACGUUGUAGCCACUCGGAGUGACGAGGGUGCGGAUCAGAUAGGCGUCGAGUGAAGAAUUGCUUUUGG